AUGAUGUUUCUUUUUUUAAUUGGAACUGCAAAGGCAUUCGGUACAAGUGAAUUUAGGCAAUGUCCAGGCCAAGCAAAACAAUAUUUUCAAAUUAAAAAGUUCGAUGUUUCUACCGCAAUCGAAACCCGAGGAAUGACAUUUGUUCUUCACUUAAUUGCAGAGCUUAAUCAUAAAGUGCAAGAACCAUAUCUUGAAAUUCAAUUAGCAAACGGAAGAAUUCCUUACACACGAAAAAUCGACCAGCUCUGUCGUCCUGGUAUUCUUAUUUGUCCUGCGUCAUUUUCACAAGUUGUCUAUGCCGUUCUAUUGCCAGUGCCUGCUACAAUUCCAAUCGGAGAUUAUACAAUUCGAAUGAUUUUUAGGGAAGGAAGCGAGAAAUUAGGUUGUUACGAGUCCACUCUCAAGGUUAAUGACAUCGAUAUCGAGCAAUUACAUCGUGAAGAAUACGCUAGAUCUUUGAAACGUGAAUAUGAGGCUCAUCAUGAUGAAACAGAAGAGGUUGAAUGA